GGGAGUGGGAGGAGGCUCUUUGCCGCCUGCCAUCUCCUCCUAUUUUGGGGGUAGACCACAUGCUGCACAUCAUGAUGCUGGAUCUUAUUAUACUCCAAGCUCGCCCCCCCAUAUGGACAACAUCCACAAUUUGGCCUAUCAUCUCAAUGCAGCUUUUAACGGGAAUUUUCCUGCUCCAGGAGAAGGAAUUGGGGGACAACUUGGACUUGGACAUCCUGGUGCAACGAAUAAUGCAACGUCUUCAACAUGGCCUCCAUCUACAUCUGCUGCUCAAGAACAUGCAAAUCAUUACUACAACACACCAAGUGGCAUUCUUGAGCUGCUCUCGUG